AUGUCAUCAAGAGCAAUUUCGCUUGUACAAAGACUUCAAAGGAUUCCCGAGAAUUCAAGGUGUGCAGAUUGUUUAGAUAGUCGUCCUGAAUGGGCUUCUUCUAAACUCGGUAUAUUUAUCUGUUUAAAUUGUUCCGGAAUUCAUCGCUCUCUCGGCACACAUAUAUCAUUUGUUCGAUCUUGCAAGCUUGAUCAAUGGACUGAUGAUCAAGCUGCAGUAAUGCGUGCAAUUGGUAAUAAAGUUGCAAAUAAUUACUGGGAAUACAAUCUUCCUGCAAAUUUUCAGCGACCAAACUCUAAUAAUAGAGCUCAAAUGGAAAACUUUAUCAGACGAAAAUACGUUGACCGUGAAUUUGCACGACCAAACUGCAAAGCUCCCAAUGAAUUACCUUUAUCCAAGCUCAAAGGUUUAACAGAUGAUCAAAUAAAUCAACUUAUAGAAGAGAGUGCAAGAGCUGAAAGCCAAAACGGACAAAAUGGACUUGAUUUCGAUGAUAAUGAUUUAUUAGAUCAAAUUAAUUUUUCAAGUAAGACUUCUGAUCUAAACAAACCAAUACCAGCUAAGUCCAAACCAGAAUAUAGCCAAAGUUAUGGCUCUUGCAAUGAAUUUCCAAAGCAAAAUAAUACCGAAAUCCAACAACCCACUCAAAAACAAUCAGAUUUCAGCGACAAACUUAAAAAAGGCGUUCAAGAUGUAUUUAACGUUAUCGGAGAUAAAUUUACUGUCAUCAAAAACUACACAACAGAACAAAUUAAAUCUUUCAACUUAAAUUUCGGAGACAGCUCAAAUAAUCAACCAAAAGAAGUUGAAACAAAGUCUGAAGAUACGCCAAAGCUCGAUCCUCUUUCUCAAAAUUUUGAUCUCGGAUUUGAUGAAAAUCCGAACGAACAAUUCGAUUUUCUGUAUGAAGGAAAGACAGAAAAUGUACAACAAGCAAAAGAACAGUCAGAACCUUUUGAAAUAGAACAAAAUGAAGAAGAAGAAAAUAAAUUAGAUUUUGGAGUUGAAAAAGAUGACAAAGAAAAGGAAUUUGACUUCUUAUUCGAUGAGAAACCAAUUAAAAUUACUAAGAAGGAAAAGAACCCUGAAGAAAAACCAAAUAAGAAAAAUGAAGAAAAUAAUGAUGAAGAUUUUGAUUCUUUCUUUGAUAAGCCUUCAGAGAAAGAGUCUUCUAAAGCUAAAUCUUAUCAAAAUGAGCUUGAAUCUACAAAAAAACAAAAGAUAGUUAAGGAAGAAGAUUUUGACUUUCUUUUUGAAGAUUCGGAUGAUAAAAAAACUUCUAAUCCUAAAGAAAUAGAGAAUGAUGAAGCUCUUGAGCUUGAUUUUGCAAAAGAAGAAAAGAAAAAUACAAUAAAAGAUGAUGAUUUCGAUUUCUUGUUUGAAGAGUCACCAAAGCCUGAAAAGAAAGAAACAAAUGCUAAAAAUGAUAAACAAAAAACUAGUAAUGGAUUGGAUCCACUUGCACAAGAAUUAGAUCUUGGAUUUGCUGAUGAUAAGGAUCAAGAUGAUGAAUUUGAUUUCCUGUUUAUAAAGAAAUAG